AUGACAGAGUUGGAAGAGAAAGAGGAGGGGGAUGCAGGAGGCCCCUUGCUGCCAACACCCACAGCCUUUAUCUCCUUCCCCCAUCCCAUCCUGAAGAUCAUUUACACAGGGAGCAGGAUGGGGCUGGCAGCACAUCUGCUGGCUCCCAAAGGAUGUUUGCUGCUCUGCCUGAUCCCUUCUGUCCUCCAAGCCCAGUCCAAGGAGGAGGUGAGGCCCAAGCCCCCCCUUUGCCAGCAGAGCCCCGUGAAGGUGUCUUGCAGAGGAGCUGGCCUGCAAAGCUUCCCAGAGGUGCUUGGUCAAGGAGUGAAGUACCUGGAGCUCUCCAACAACUUCAUCCAGAACCUGACCAGUGACUCCAUCCAAGGGUUUGGGCAGCUGGAAUACCUGGACCUGGGCUCCAACCAGCUGGAAUACCUGGACCUGGGCUCCAACCAGCUGGAAGCUGUGUCAGACCUCAGCCUGGCUCAGCUGCCCAACCUGCACACUCUGCUCCUGGGCUCCAACCACCUGGACCACAAUUACCACGCCAACGGGAGAGCCCUCCAGGUGCUGAGGAACAUCCAGGUCCUGGACCUGUCAGCAAACAGCCUGGAGAGCCACAUGGCAGCCUGGUUCAUCACCAACCUCACCGGGCUGAGGAGCCUCCAUCUCUCUGGGAACAGGAUGAGCAAGCUCCCAGCUGGGAUCUUCUGGAGCACCCCCAGGCUGCGCCAGCUCGACCUCAGCAAUAACUACAUCAUGGAGAUCGAGGAGGGGGCUUUUGAGGCUUUGGGAGAGCUGGAGGUGGUGAACUUGGCUUUGAAUUCCCUCCACUGUGUUUCUGGCUUCAGCCUGAGGCAGCUGCGAGUUUUAAACCUGAGCCACAAUGCUCUGGAGCUCUUCAGCUCGGAGGAUGGAGCUGAGCCCUACCUGCUUCAAGUGCUCGACUUGAGCCAUAACAGACUCCUCUGCUUCCCAGAGCUCCCCAGAGCCCAUUAUCUCACACACCUCAACCUCUCCAACAACUUCAUUGCCUCCCUGCUCCCAGGCUCACGCCAGCCGGGGGACUUUGUGCUUCACUAUGAGGAGAUGGGGAGGUUCCGUGGGACCUGGCACGCCGGGCUGACACGUUUGGCUGACCUGGACCUCAGCUAUAACCAUCUGCAGGUGUUCCCCGUUCCCUUCUUCCGCAGCCUGAGCUCCCUGCACAGCCUCAGCCUGGCCAGGAACUGUCUCCGGGAGGUGGCCGGGGAUGGGCUGAGCCGCGCUGCGCUCCCCGUGCGCUGCUUGGAUCUCCAUGGCAAUGCCAUCCGCCUCCUGCCCCCUUGGGUUUUUGAUUCCCUGCCUCUGCUGGAAGCUCUGGACCUGGGCUCCAACAGCCUCCAGCCUUGUCAGGGCCACGGGAGCCACCCGGGAGGGGAAUCUCAGCCUCCAGCCCCCGGAGGCACCUGCACCCCCUUCUACGGCAUCUCUCACCUGAAGCACCUGAGCCUCAGCAGGAACAACCUGACCAGGCUGCAGCCCUACGCCUUCCACCAGACCUCACUGCUCUCCCUGGACCUCUCGGGGAACCGGGACUUGUCUGUGUCUCAGGAAGCCCUGGGGGGGUUGGAAUUCUCCCUGCAGAAACUCUCCCUGAGGGGCAACGGGAUGGACAACAGCGAGGCAGAGCUGCCCUGCCUGCGUGUGCUCACAGCCUUGGACCUCGCAGGAAACCGUUUGAGUUUUUUGCCCUCAGGGCUCUUCUGCUCCCCGCUGGAAAGCCUGGACCUGCGUGACAACCUCCUGCAGACCUUGGAGAAGCCAGCACUGGCCAGCUGGCCCCAGAGCCUGAGGGACGUGGCCGUCUCUGGCAACCCCUUCAGCUGCUGCUCCCUGGCCUGGCUGGACACGCUGCAGGGGGCUGGGGUGGGUGUCAGGGACCUGGACCAAACCCUCUGCACCUACCAGGAUGAGAGCAGGAAUUUCUCAGCCCGGAUAAGCAGCAGUCCUUGGUGGCUGUGCCCACGUCCCCAGGGCAGCAGGUCCCUGGCUGUGCUCCUGGCUGUGCUCAGCCUGUUCAUCCUCAGCUCCGGGGCUUGGUGCCUCCUGAGGAAGGGGCAGAAGCUGUCAGGGCCCGUGGGGCUCCACAGAAAGAGGGUGGGGGUCUUCCCCCACUGUCCCAAACGAGAGGAACCUGCCCAGGUGAAGCCAGCAGACAGUGUCACCAAAGUGUAG